AUGGAGAAAGGAGGGAGAGAGGAAGAAGGGGAGUGGAGGGAGGUGAGAAGAAGGCAUCUACAAAAACCCAACCUUAGGGAUAACCAGCCACAUCCAACAGUCGAGAAUCAUUUUGUUAAGAAGACACAUGGAAAAGAAGAAGAAACUUUCUUCUUCAACAAUUUUCUGGAAGAAACAAGGAUUCAAUACCUGGAGAGAAGAUUCAAAGAGAUUGGGAGAGUAAUAUAUAUUUUCUAUCCCAAGAAAAGAGACAUUAGGGGAAAACCUUUUGGUUUUGUAAGGUUUCAGAAAAGAAACGAUAGGGACUGGAUAUUGGAGGAAAUGAACAAUAUUUGGAUCGGAAGCUACAAGACGAGAGCUUACUUACCAAGAUUUGAUCGACCAUUGACGGAAACACUGAAUAACAAGAUAGGUGGAGUUGGGAACCAUGCAAAGGAAAGGAACGAAUCAAAGAGGAGAGUUUACAACAUUCCAAAAGGAUUGAGAGAGAGUGGCAAAACGUUUGCGGAAGCUCUUGGGGGAAUAAACAAAAACCAUACACCUCCAGCAGAUGAAGUUAUCAGUUUUCAAGCUUCCAAUGAGGAAAUGAAGUGGUCACAAAACUCCUUUACAGGUUUUGUCAAGGCGGAGUUUGCAUGGGAAGAUUUCGAAGAAGAGAUUAAUAGCAAAUAUGCCUCGAUUCUAAAGGUAUCUACUCUCGGAGGAAACCUUGUCCUCAUACAAAGUCUAAACCAAACCCAUGUUAAAGAACUUAUGAAGGAACUAGAUGAAUGGACGAAAUUUUGGUUCGAAUGGACUCGGCCUUGGUCCUAUGUCGAUGUAAGCACUCAAAGAAUGGUUUGGACCAAAUGGCAUGGUGUUCCUUUACAAGCUUGGAAUACUAGGUUUUUUGAAAUGGUAGGAGCAAGGAUGGGGAUGGUUUUCAAGAUCCACGAAGUCACAAAGAGAAGAGAACGUCUGGACGCAGCAUUCAUUCAAAUCUCAACAGGUUUGUACUCUCUAAACAAAAUAGUGGAAAGCAAAAUCAACGGAGCCCACUUCAAAAUCCACAUCGAGGAGUUGUCGGAACAGAUGCCGCCGGAAGAACCCCUGACUAAAGAAGAUGCCACUUCGGAGGAGGAGGAUGAUGAGGUUUCUCUAGACAAAAUCUAUUAG